GCUUAUGUUUAAAACAUGUAGUGUGUAAAAACUCGGUAGCGAGCGAGAUCUCAGUAGAAUAAGGAGGCAGCUUUCCUUACAGAAGAAAAGUAAGACUGCAUAUAUAUACACACACUUCGCGGUGUUCUCGGAACCCUAACUUUGGAUUCCCAUCUCACUAAACUCAGAUUUAUAUAUACAGACUGUGUUGUACUUUUGGAUCAGCCCUACGAUGUUCGCUGUUAUAAGGCGAAAACUCACCUCUCGCGGCGCCUCCUCUGCGCUGCUUAUUGGGAAAUCGGUUCGUCCUGCACUCUCUACGCCUAGGCUCAGUAAUACCGCUCUUCGCGAGGAGAUAGUAUCUCUUCCAGAAAGGAUUGGAAAUGCUCGCCAUAUCUGUCACUUCAUAUUUAGCGGUUGCAGCACACUAAGUUCCAGGCCAACAAGGAAACUGAUUGGCAGUCUUCAGCCAUUCUAUGUACAAACAUCAAGGAUGAAAUUUUCUUCUGAUAGUGGCGAUCUGGUUGAGGCGGUUGUUCCUUUCAUGGGUGAAUCAAUAAGUGAUGGCACACUGGCAACUUUUCUGAAACAGCCUGGUGAUAAAGUAGAUGUUGACGAGCCAAUUGCUCAAGUUGAAACAGAUAAGGUGACAAUUGAUGUUGCAAGUCCUGAAGCCGGUGUUAUCCAAAAGUUUGUAGCGAAGGAAGGAGAUACUGUGGAACCAGGAACCAAGAUUGCUGUUAUAUCAAAAUCAGGUGAAGGUGUGGCUGUAUCUAAGAAGCCAUCUGAUGAAGCUUCUCCUAAGCCUCCUGCCACUGAAACGAAAACAGAGAAGAAACCCGAGUCAACAACUCCACCACCACCUGCUCCAGAGAAGUCUAUGGAAAAAACUCCAUCGCUACCUCCUCCUAGAACUUCUGCUUCAGAACCUCAACUUCCUCCGAAAGAAAGAGAAAGACGAGUUCCUAUGACUAGGUUGAGAAAGCGAGUUGCUUCACGUUUGAAAGAUUCUCAAAACACGUUUGCCUUGUUGACUACAUUCAAUGAAGUUGAUAUGACUAAUUUGAUGAAACUCCGAUCUGAUUACAAAGAUGCAUUUCUUGAGAAGCAUGGAGUAAAGCUAGGUUUUAUGUCGGGAUUUGUAAAAGCAGCUGUCAGUGGACUUCAAAAUCAGCCUGUUAUUAAUGCAGUUAUUGAUGGGGAUGAUAUCAUAUACAGAGACUAUAUAGAUAUCAGUAUAGCUGUUGGUACUCCGAAGGGUCUUGUUGUUCCAGUUAUUCGCGAUGCUGAUAAGAUGAAUUUUGCUGAAAUAGAGAAAGAGAUAAAUAACCUUGCUAAAAAGGCAACAGCUGGAUCUAUAUCGAUUGAUGAGAUGGCUGGUGGUACUUUUACGAUAUCAAAUGGUGGGGUUUAUGGAAGCCUUUUGAGUACACCCAUCAUCAAUCCCCCUCAGUCUGCAAUCCUUGGCAUGCACUCAAUAGUAAACCGGCCUAUGGUUGUUGGAGGUAACAUCAUUGCAAGGCCUAUGAUGUACAUAGCCUUGACAUAUGAUCAUAGGCUGAUUGAUGGAAGAGAGGCAGUGUAUUUCCUCAGGCGUAUUAAGGAUGUGGUUGAAGAUCCGAGGAGGUUGCUUCUGGAUAUAUGAAUGGCCAGUCCAGUUGUGGACUUGAUAACAUAAACUCCUGCCUGGAACUAAAUAUACUCAGUAUACAGUGAACUAGAAUAUAAUAAUUUUGGUCGUAAACUUUUGUUUAUAAUUUUAUAAAUUCUAAGAGAAGAUGGGCUGCCUGUUUAUAGUUGAAAUAUGAUAAUUUUAUUGUUGUCUUGUCUGUAUAAUAAAUUUUGCUUUUGCCCUGUUCUGAUGACUUUGUUUAAGAUUUUGAGGGCACUUUGUCAUGAACGCAACAAAUAAACGCUGGUCUACUUCGGCUGCUAUAUAUACUUUCAAGCGA